AUGGGCAACACUAAUGAUUUCCAUUUGUUUUGUCUUAAUUUCCCCCCAGCAGACACCCUCUUAUUACUCUUGGUCUUGGUACCAACGGCAGGGUGCCAAUCUCCCAGCAAAGAUGCACCCAAAGAGCAGUCUGACACAGAGCUCCUAAAAUGUCCGAGCUCAUGUGCUUGCAGCUAUGACGACUACAGUGAGGAACUCAACAUCUUCUGCAGCUCCCGGAACCUGACCUGCUUCCCAGAAGACAUUCCCAGCAAUGUUAAGUCAUUAUGGCUGGAUGGAAACAACUUAUUUUCUGUGCCAGCUGCAGCCUUCAGUAAUCUUUCCAACCUGGACUUCCUUAAUCUGCAGAGCAGCCAGCUGGCAAGCAUUGAGCAGCAUGCCUUUCAUGGGUUAAAAGGCCUCUACCACCUGCACCUGGAACGGAACAGGCUAAAACAUUUGGCACCCAACACUUUCCUUCACACACAGAACCUUGCCACCUUAAGCCUCAACAACAAUCUCUUCAGCAAAAUUGAGGAAGACCUGUUUGCUGGGCUCUCCAACCUCUGGUACCUGAACCUCGGGUGGAAUUCCUUAGUGGUGUUGCCUGAUAAAGUGUUCCAUCACUUGCCUAACCUGAGGGAGCUAGUCUUGGCUGGGAACAAGCUGCCCUACCUGCAACACCAAAUAUUCUGCAGUCUCAGUGAGCUGAAGGAGCUGGAUUUGAGUAGGAACUUGUUGAAAGGCAUCAAGCUCAAUAUCUUUGUCAAGUUGCAGAAGCUACAGAAGCUGUACCUCAACCACAACCUGAUCAAUGCCAUUGCCCCACGUGCUUUUAUGGGGAUGAAGUCCCUCAGGUGGUUGGACCUCUCCCACAAUCGUCUCAUCUCACUCUUUGAAGAAACAUUCCUGGGUCUCUUGAGCCUGCAUGUAUUGCGUUUAUCCAGUAACUCAAUCACCAGCCUGCGCCCAAGGACUUUCAAAGACCUCCAGUUCCUGGAGGAGCUGCAGCUGGGACACAACAGGAUCAGGAGCCUCACAGAAAGGACUUUCGAUGGGCUAGGCCAGCUGGAGGUCCUUACACUGAACAACAACCAAAUUCAAGAGAUCAGGGUUGGGGCAUUCCUUGGGCUCUUUAAUGUCGCAGUGAUGAACUUGUCUGGUAACUGCCUCAAGGCACUUCCUGACUAUGUCUUUAAGGGUCUAACCAAGCUGCACAGCCUUCACCUGGAAAACAGCUGUCUGAGCAGAAUCAGGCCACAAACUUUCUCUAGCCUUUCCUGCCUCCGGAGGCUCUCCUUGCAACACAACACCAUAUCUGUGAUUGAAGACCAGAGUCUGAAUGAACUGCAUGAUCUUUUGGAGCUGGACCUUAAGCAUAACAGGCUGACCCAUCUUUCCUCCGACAUGUUUGUAGGCCUCAAUAACCUUGAAUACCUACUCCUUUCCUCCAACCAGCUGCUGGAGAUCUCUCACAACACUUUCAACUCACUUCAGCGUCUCUUCUGGCUUGACCUCUCCAACAACCAUUUGGAGACACUGGACAAAAACAUAAUUACCCCUUUGACAAGCUUGCGGUAUCUUAGCAUCAGAAACAAUUCCCUGGAAACCUUCUCAGUUGAUUCUCUGAGCCCUUUACCUGUGCUGGAGCAGUUGUGGCUGGAAGGAAACAAGUGGCACUGCAACUGCUCACUGAAGGAACUAAGACACUUUUCCUUGCAGCGUCCUACAGUGGUUCCACGCUUUGUCCAGUCCCUUACAGAGGGAGAGGAUUCCAACAUACCUGUGUAUGUGUACAACAACCUUACCUGUCUGAGCCCACCAGACGUGGCUGGCCUUGACCUGAGGGAAAUCAGUGAAGACCACUUUGCUGACUGCUAACUGAUAUAUUUCCUCUUUAUAGAGGACUUUCUGCUUUCUAUAGUUGGCACCAUUAGACAUAUACUCACACAAGUUCCAGUAGCAUCCAGUGAACCAUUUUCCUAUAGGCAAAUAAGCUUGAAAGGUAUAGCUAUCUACCAGCUCAACCACCUUGCCUGAUCUUUGUGUCAAGCUCACCAGUGCAGCAGUUCUAGAGCAUGUGCCACCGUUCACUAUUUCAUAGGGAAGCCAGUACAAUUGCACAGAACUCUUAGCUUUCUCUCUCCAUGCUGCACCAUUACUAUAUUUGUAUAGCUGCAGUUUUCAACAGAACCAGCAUACCAGCAUUGGCUGAGCAGCUGGGGUAAACAGGUUCUUUGGACUUUGCAAUUACCCUUGGGCUAUUUGAACUUAGCGUUGUGAUUCAGAGCCAGCAUUCCUUUGCCCAGCACUGACAAGUGAAGGAAAGAAUGGGGGCAUGUGAAGGCCUGGGCAGAUGGGAGCCUUUUCUGGGGACUGUUUUUUCCAAUUAAAAAAUUAAAAUUGAUUUUAAUGAACCCAAACAAACUAUGGUAGUACAAUAAGAGUGACUCAAAGCUAACCUGGAAGGGUAUUGACUGCUGAGGUCCUGCAUUUAGCUCUGAAACUCAUUGGGAGCAACGGAUGGGCCACCUGUCACCAACAAUGAGUAUCUCAUGUCAGCUUUUUAGCAACCAUUUAUAGUUGGUAGAGAUGCUGUUGUCAACAGGUCAUGGAGACAAACCCUCCUUAAUGGAAAGAAUAUCACUGCAACCUCAGGGCCUCAAGCUGAGCAAACAGAGAGCAAAUGAAGAAGCCAAGAUGCUCUUAAUCUGAGGAAGGAAAAUCUGGGCCACAGUGAUCAUUAAUGGGAAUGCUAACAAAGUUAUUUAUCAUUGCCCUGCAAUAAGCCCCAUUGUGACUAGGCAAUGCAUGCAGGGGCUUCAUCCCAUAUGAACUGCAGUAGCUUGCCGCAGCAGUUGUCACUCUUUUCCAUUCUGUGAGACCCUGCAUUGCAAUACAAAAAUGUUUCAGGAACCCAUAAAGCAUUCUAACUGUACAGCACCAAAUACAAAAGGGUCCCGAUACAUUGGCCUCUGAGGCUAGGACAAGACGCAAUGGGCUUAAACUGCAGCAAGGGAG